GCUGGAAAGGAGGCAGCUGCACAGGAGCCAUUAAACUGUAUCCUGGCUGCUGCGAUCUGAUCUGGCUGCUGCGUCUGGUCUGGUGUCUACUGAGGAGAAGGAGCAGCCGCUGCCGCAGCCCUGUCCAGACCCCGUGCUGAGGCGAGCAGGGGACCUCCUCAGCCUUGCUCUGCUGCUGUCCCUGUCUGCCAGCCAGCUGAGGGUUACGUCUCAGUGGUCUCAGCUUCCAAGGAGGUUGCUGAGGUGCUGUACCCAGUGGCUUUGCAGGGCAGCAGCAUGGAGUCCCUCUUCGCUGCCCCAUUCCUGGAGAUCCUCUACGGCAGCCAGGGCAACCUGUCCCUCCUGAGCUCCAACCACAGUCUGCCACCCCCCCACCUGCUGCUCAACACCAGCCAUGGUGCCUUCUUGCCCCUGGGGCUCAAGGUCACCAUUGUGGGGCUCUAUCUGGCCGUGUGUGUUGGGGGGCUGCUGGGGAACUGCCUCGUCAUGUAUGUCAUCCUCAGGCACACCAAGAUGAAGACAGCUACCAACAUCUACAUCUUUAAUCUGGCCCUAGCUGACACUCUGGUUCUGCUAACACUGCCCUUCCAGGGCACAGAUAUCCUCCUGGGCUUCUGGCCAUUCGGGAAUGCCCUGUGCAAGACAGUCAUUGCCAUUGACUACUACAACAUGUUCACCAGCACCUUCACACUGACCGCCAUGAGUGUGGACCGCUACGUAGCCAUCUGCCACCCCAUCCGCGCCCUUGAUGUCCGGACAUCCAGCAAAGCCCAGGCUGUCAAUGUGGCCAUCUGGGCCCUGGCCUCUGUGGUCGGUGUUCCUGUUGCCAUCAUGGGAUCGGCACAGGUUGAGGAUGAAGAGAUCGAAUGUUUGGUGGAGAUCCCCAGCCCGCAGGACUACUGGGGCCCUGUGUUUGCCAUCUGCAUCUUCCUCUUCUCCUUCAUCAUCCCUGUGCUCAUCAUCUGUGUCUGCUACAGCCUCAUGAUCCGGCGGCUCCAUGGUGUCCGCCUGCUCUCAGGCUCCCGUGAGAAGGACCGGAACCUGCGGCGCAUCACUCGACUGGUGCUGGUGGUAGUGGCUGUGUUCGUGGGCUGCUGGACGCCUGUGCAGGUCUUUGUGCUGGUCCAAGGGCUGGGCAUUCAGCCGGGCAGUGAGACUGCCGUGGCCAUCCUCCGCUUCUGCACGGCCCUGGGCUACGUCAACAGCUGCCUCAACCCCAUCCUCUAUGCCUUCCUGGAUGAGAACUUUAAGGCCUGCUUCCGCAAGUUCUGCUGCACGUCUGCCCUGCGCCGGGAAAUGCAGGUGUCUGACCGCGUGCGAAGCAUCGCCAAGGAUGUGGCCGUCGCCUGCAAGACCUCUGAGACGAUACCACGGCCCGCAUGACUAGGCGUGGACCUGCCCAUGGUGCCUGUCAGCCCGCAGAGCCCAUCCACGCCCAACACGGAGCUCACGCAGGUCACUGCCCUCUAGGCUGACUCCUGAGCCCUGAGCACCUGGAGCCUUGGGUGGGCUUUCUCUUUGGCCCAGGGACGCUCUGUCCCAGAGGAGGACCUAGUCACACCAUGGGACAGUUGAAAGCAUUAGGGCUGCCUCUGCAGCCCUCGUCAGACUAACAUGGCCCUCCUACUGCAGGGCCGAGGGGAGCACAAGGACUUUGCCCUGAAGCAUCCACUGCAUCGGGGGACACACCUGACUGCAGCCCACGCACAUGCUCCUGUGCUCCAUGUGACUUUUCCUUGGCCUCUCCCCCUGCUGUCAGCUGAACACUGUGUGCUCUGGUGGGCACACCCCUGAGGUGUGACAGUGGCUGUGUAGUCACGUGUACCUCACGAGCUGCAUGCUGUCUGCAUGGCAGGGCUCCAGCUGCCUUCUGCCUUGCUGUGUCUCCUCAGGGCAGCUGGAGGUGUGGGGCUGCCCGGGGGGCACAGCAGGCAGCAUUACUUUGGGGUGGGACUCACCCUGAGCUGGGGGCUGCCAGCUGGAGCACCUUUUG